AUGAGUAGCAGCAACAACAACAAUAAUCAAAAGAGGAAAAAGAACUUGAAUCCGUUUUACAUUGAUCAAAGCAAUGGAAAUGGCAGUUAUGACAAUUGGGAUGACUACGCCGACUACCGGUACGACGACAAUGACGAAGAAGAAGUGGGUUUGUUAGGGCACGAUGUGCAGGGAAAUCUCUAUAGCAGCAACAACAGCAACGAUUAUCAGAACCGACGUGGCGCUCCUGUCCCCUUUGGGCGAAGAUUCUUUGCGGUUCUGGGGUUGGUGGCUCUGCUGGUACUUGUCUUUGUGUCUCUGGGAGGAGAAUCUCAAGAAGCAAGUCAAUCAGAAGUUUACAACAACAAAGUAAAGGAGGAUCUGGAUGGUGAUUUUGGUGAUGCUGACAAUAAUUCCACAGAAGUCACAAAGCCACCAGGGACAGAGCAGAAAGAUAAAUCUGAUGCUACUAGUACUCAAAAGGAAGAAGAGACAAAAGGAGAGAAGCAAGACUCACCUGCCAACAAUUCACAAACCAGUGGAAAUGCUACUCAAAAGGACCAAAAAUCAAAAGAAGGCUCGGAAGCACCUGAAAAUACUACCGGUAGUACGAAAUCACCAAACCCCAAAGCAAAACCUACCAAAGCUAAAACAAAACCUCCAGCGCCCAAGACAAAACCUAAAACAAAAGCCCCCCAGCCUACAAAGCCACCUCCGCCUCCCAAUCCAGCCAAUCCAACCAACAAAACACCAAAAACAGCAUCCAGUCCUACAAAGGGAAAUGUUACAAGUAGUGACAAUCUACUGAAUUCCAGCCCACUGAAUACACCAGCAAAUGUGACAACACCCUGA